CUCGCGUCAUCGUCCUGGGUUCGCUCGGUUUCUGCAGGUUUGCGCUUGACUUGGUCCAUAACUAUACUCGACGGUUUUUCGCGGUCAUGCCUCCUUCUCGAGAAUCCAUGUCUCAUCGCGGAGAUGACGAUGAGGUCUGUCCUGUCUGCAAAUCCUCGCGAUACCUCAACCCUGAUAUGCGCUUUCUUAUCAACCCAGAAUGUUACCAUAAAAUGUGCGAGUCCUGCGUCGAUCGGAUUUUCUCCUCCGGUCCUGCCAAUUGUCCCGUGGCCGGGUGCCACAGGACCUUGCGCAAAGCCAAAUUCCGAACGCAGACUUUCGAGGAUAUUCAAGUAGAAAGGGAGGUAGAUAUAAGGCGAGAGGUUAUGCAGAUCCUCAACCGCCGCGAAGACGAGUUUGACUCCAAACGAGCAUGGGACGACUUUCUCGAACAGCGGGAGGAGAUUAUCGCCAACCUGGUCCACGGCACCGACGUGGAAAAGACCAGGAAGGCCUUGGAGGAAUAUCGCACGGAUAAUGCCGACUCCAUCAAGAUGAACUUUAACCUCGCACAAAACGAAGCUUCGUCUUUCCGGGAACAGCAAUCCUACGAGCAAGAGUUGGCACGUAUGCGACGACAGGCAGCAAGACAAGAGUACGAAAAGGAACGACGAGAGCUGCUGGAAGGACGAGAAGACGUUCUUUCUCGUCUUGCUGCCGGCCAGCGGGGAGAUGCUGCGGCGAUCGCGCGAGAGGGCCGGAAAGUCUUGCUCAAGAAAUCCUCCGCCCGGCGCAGCGAGGAGGAGCGUAUCCGACAAAAGCAGGCUGCUCUACGCGGUUCCGACCCCAAGAAUCCCGGAAAGGACCAGGCGGCUGCCAAAGCUGCAGACGCAAAAGGCCCAGGACUCAUCAAAGGCCUCAAGAAAAUCAAGACGCCAGAGCCGGAAAAGCCUUACGAUCCGUUUGGUGGGCUGGUCCCGAACAAACGAGACUACUACACUUUGCGAGACCAUUAUCCAUCCAGCUACCUGGACCCCAUCAGGCAAGAUACUCGUAUGCAGGCUGGUGGAUACGAUCUUCGGGAAUACUAUUCCCGCACUCUGCUUGAGGCUUUUGCAGGACUGGGGUGCUUCAUCGACGAAGAGAUACCAAAGCGCGAUGCAUCGGACACACCAGAAGCUUCUAAACCCGCUGCGACCGAAGGCGCUGCAGUGGCUGCAUCCUCAAGCGCUCCUGUGAAGACCGAGUAGUGCUAUAUACCGAGACAUGGGUAUGGAUUGAACUAUUUGAUCAAUCACAUCCAGGCGAGAACCGUACAACUUUUUUCAUAUUGGAAGCAUCCCCUUUUUGUUUUGGAGUUCAGGCAAAAGGAUUGCAUAGCGAAGGCGUUCUUAUACUUUUGGAAGGAUCAAGUUGACUGUAUAUCUAGUUAUUAUAUUUAGAACAUUACAUUGUUUUCCAAAAUCCUACACACUGGAGCUCAUUGUCGGCUUCAGGUACG